AUGUCUUUACCCUCAUCACCAUCCCUCAAUACAGAAUCAUCACUUGUUACAAACUCAACAAUGGAGGAGGAUUCUGUUGAUAACCUGAGCUGUGAUGACUUUAUUCUUGGCUGUGAUGAAAAUGUUGAUCUGGACAUAAGUAUAGAAGAAGCUAAUACAGUUCUGAAAUUGUUUCUAAACAAUAAAUUCAGUGAAGCCAGAAGACGUCUUGAACCAUGUGCCCAUUGCAGUAUGUACCAUUCACUCAGUUACAGUGUCAUUCUCUACAUUCAAGCUAUGAUGACAUUUGAUGUGACGGAUAUUGAGAAUGCAAUUACUGCUAUCAAGAAGGCAAUUGUUGUUUCCAACAAAUACAGACGGAAAGCUAACCUUAUAGGUAGCCUGGGACGUUCUGUAAAAGAUAGCUAUGAUGAUUAUACAGAAGAGGAAUUUCAUGCAGAACUCUGUUAUGCUGAAGGCCUACUUAUUAGAGCAAUGCUUACAUUUGUACAGGAUGAAAACCUUAUCAGUUUUGUGAAAGGUGGGCUUAAGAUUCGAGAAUGUUAUAAAAUAUAUAGGGACUGUAUGAAAAUGUUACAACAAAGAGAUUGGAGUAAGGACAAGCACAGAGAGCAUUUUGAAAGUGGUGUUCGAAUGGGUGUUGGGUCAUUUAAUUUGAUGAUAUCUUUAUUGCCCGGAAAGAUUUUGCGACUUCUAGAAUUUGUAGGAUUUACAGGAAACAAGAUUGAAGGAUUAUCUGAACUAGAAAAAGGCAGUAAACUUCAAGAAAGUUUAAGGGGUCCACUUUGUUCAAUUAUACUUGUAGCAUACCACACAGUUGUUAGUUUUGUUUUGGGUUUGGGUGAUGGUGAUGUUGAUUUUGCUGCUGAGGUACUGCAACCAUGUCUUCAGUCUUACCCAAAGGGUGCUCUUUUUUUAUUUUUUUCUGGUCGUGUUGAAGUUGUACGAGCAAAUAUUGAUGAGGCUAUAAUUCGAUUUGAAGAAUCUAUUGACUCCCAACAAGAAUGGUGCCAGUUUCACCAUUUGUGCUAUUGGGAACUAAUGUGGUGCCACUGCUACAAGAAUGAUUGGCUGAUUGCGAUGAAGUUUGCUGAGAAGCUUUGCCGAGAAAGUCGCUGGAGUAAAGCAACUUACACUUACCAAAAAGCUUCAUUUCUGAUGAUGUGUGAAAAUCCUACAGAGGAAACAGAUGUCCACCUUAAAUAUCUUUUUGGAGAAGUGCCAAAGUUAAAACAGAGAAUCGCAGGAAAAUCGGUCCCAAUUGAGAAAUUUGCUGUAUGUAAAGCCAAAAGAUAUUCAACCCAAGGUGGACGAUUAACUCUUCCAGGACUUGAACUGCUAUAUGUCUGGAAUGGAUUUGCCAUCAUUGGUAAAAACAAAUCUCUUUUGGAACCCUUUUUGAAUCUGGUGGAAUCAACUAUUAAUAAUAUUGUGGCAAAUUCAGACAAUAAAGAGAGCUAUCCUUACUACCAUGAUGAUUACAGUUUAGCUUUAUUAUUAAAAGGUGUUUGUCUCAAACAUUGGGGACAACUUUUCCAGGCAGAGCAAUGCUUCUUAGAAGUGAUUGGAUAUGAAAAGAAAGUAAAGAUCGACACUUAUCUGAUCCCUUAUGCUCACCUAGAGUUGGCGUUACUCUACCUUCAGCAACAAAACACAAGCAAUGUCAAAAAGUAUUUAGAAAAAGCAAAGAAACAUUACAAAGGUUACAUGUUGGAAUCUCGACUUCAUUUCCGUAUACAUGCAGUCAAGAUGCAGAUGCUAGGACAGCUAAACAGUGAUAGCGAAAAUAGCAGUGCUCCACAGACACCUGGUGCCAACAACUUUGCGGACAUUCCAGAUACAAUACCACAGGAUACCUCUCAUAGUUAA